AUAUGCAAAAAAAAUUUUGGGCGUCCAACUGCCCACUGGCCACUGGCCACGAAGAUCGAAACCCACUUGGUAGAGUAGACCACCCUACCGCCGGCGAACCGCAAUUCCCAUCGAUCUCCAACUGCUCCGCCUCCAAUCCAGCUAGGUUCACGGAGAGAGAGUCCAAAUGUGGCGGCACUCCGGGAUAAAAGAUGGAUCUAGGGACUAACCCGUUCCGGCGGCGGCGACGGCCAUGAACCGCGCCCCGUCCCUCUCCCCUCGAGGCGGUCCCACCUCACCGGGAUCCGCUCCCAACCCUAACCCCAGACCAGGCGCACUCCGGCGUUGGGUACUUGCUUUCUGCAUCAUACGCUUCGACCUAGAGCAAGGGCAAGUAGUCGAGGAAUGCUACCCCCCCGAUUCCCUCACACCUGAUCAUCAGCUCGUCGUUGCCUUCUCUUCCUUCCCCGACUCCAUGUCCCGACACCAUCCCCGCCACCGCUCCUCUAUCCACGACUCCAUCUUCUCCUUCCGCUUCCCUUCCGCCGACAUCCGUGAUGGCUUCGUUUACGGUUACGUCUUCAACCGUCAACGCCAGGACGAGCGGCUUCCGCGCGGAGGCGAGCAGAAGUCUGUCGUUAUCCUCUCGCACUCUCCCUAUACUUCUGUCUUCCGCCCUCUCCUCCAGAUCCUUGGCCCGCUCUGCUUCGACAUCGGCCGUACGGCCCUCGAGCUCGUCGCUUCUCACGUCGCCGCCUGGCCGUCGCCAGCCCCUGGCCGAGCUUUAGACCUCCCGAUCGGUGGCGCCGCCCUUCGCGCCCAUCUUCCCCCGGCUCCCGACGACCCAGCCCCCGCUCAGUUCCCACCACCCAACGCCUCCGUUGCCUUCGGCCUCUUUCACGAGGCCGAUUUAUUCGCCUCCUUCCGCGGUAUUCUUUUACAUCUCUGGACCCUUUGGGAGCUCAUGGUCGUUGGUGAGCCCCUUCUUGUGAUCGCUCCCACUCCCACACAAUGCUCCGAGGCUGUUGCCGCUCUAGUUAGUUUAUUAGCCCCACUUCUCUGCAGCGUAGACUUCCGCCCGUACUUCACCAUUCACGACCCAGACUUUGCCCGCCUCAAUUCCCUCCCUGAAGGUUACAGGUUCCCGCCAAUGGUCCUCGGUGUGACUAAUCUUUUCUUCCUCAAGGCCCUUCGCAACAUUCCCCAUGUCAUCUCCGUUGGUAGUCCCAGCCUCAAUGCCACUCGCGCGCUUCCCGCUUCCCCUCGCUCGCCCUCAACAGCCCAAAUUUCUCGGCCUGGCCGGCAGCUCUUGUUUGAUAGGCUCUCUCCUUCGAGUUUGUUGAAUGCUGUGAAGAUGAGGAGAGAAGGACCUCUCACACUCAUGACAAAACACACGGAGGCUAUUUGGAGCAGCUACAAUCCUACAACAAAACCGGAUACUGCGAUUCUUAACCGGCUUGUGGAUGCUGGAGUUUCUCAAAGGAUUGAUGAGUCCAUGUCGGUUGUUAAUAAUGAGAUCCUUCGGCGACAUUUCCUUGAGCUUACGACGAAUUUCCUUGCACCUUUCGGCCCUUACAUGAGAGCCACCACCCCUUCUGAAACGAACUCACCGUUUGGUAGCCCGCCAGCACUUCCUCCAUUUAAAGCUGACGAGUUUCUCAGUUCACUGGCAGCAAGAGGUCCGGGAAAAUUUCUAUCGAAAAGGACUAGGUCCAAUUGGCUGGACUUGUAUAGGCGGUUCUUGGAGGGGAAAAACUUCAUGCCGUGGUUCCAGAAAAAGAGGGCCGCUGCUGAGCAGGAGCAGCAGCGGCUCUGGAGGCAGGCUAGGAUGAGCGCUGACAUACAAAAACUCAUAUCAAAUAUGUCCGAACUGGAAAUUGUUGAUUCUUUUAAUGCCAUUGAGCAGCAUUUACUGGCCGAGAUACAGUCAGCAAAUGAUAGUAUAGAAUCAUCAGCAACAUCCAGCAAACUAAAAGCAGACCUUCAGGCGGUUUUCAAAGUGCUCCCCAAGGACUUGCAGGAGCUUCUGCUAGCAAAUCCUAUAAGAGCAGGCCUUCUUCGUAGCAGUCCAGAGUCUCCAAAGCUACCAGGUCAUCCAUCGAUACAAUGUAUGGUACACCAUUCAUGAAACAAUGCUAUCCUUCUUGCCACUAUGAAAUUGAUUGCAGUCUUAGUCUUCGUUUAAAACGACUUUCUUACUGCUUCUUAAAACCGCUCUCUAGUACAAAAAAUUAAAAUCUUUGUACUAGAAAGUAGAAACUACUUUAAGAAGCAUGAAGAAAGCCGUUUCAAACGAAGCCUUAAGCUUGUCGGCCAUCGCCGUAGGUGUUGAAGAGCAAGAUUAAUCGUCUCCGGCCACAGAUUUCAGGCUCUGAUUAUUGCUAGUUGCAGUGACGUUGGCUUGGUUUUAUCAACACUAGAUUCAUAUUUAUUGUUCCCAGGUUAGAUGGUUCUAAUUGUUUUCAGUAAGGCCCCCUUUCUCCUCUCAAUUUAGAAAUUAUUUUCUUGUUUAGUUAGUUGCAGCAGUGAUGUAGCUGUGUUUCAUGUAUUAUAAACAUUAAAUUUUUUUUUUC